AUGGAUGAGGGUUUAGAGUCUUUCAUUAGUAAAUUUGCAGAUGACACUAAGCUGGGAGCAUGUGUCGAUCAGUUAGAGGGACAGAGAGCUUUGCAGAAGGACUUGGAACGGUUGGAUGGAUGGGCAGAAUCCAAUGGGAUGAAGUUCAACAAGUCCAAGUGCCGAGUCCUGCACUUUGGCCACAAUAACCCCCUGCAGCGUUAUAGGCUGGGGAUGGUGUGGCUGGACAGUGCUCAUGUGGAAAGAGACCUGGGGGAACUGGUUGACAGUCGGCUGAACAUGAGCCACCAGUGUGCUCAGGUGGCCAAGAAGGCCAAUGGCAUCCUGGCCAGUAUCAGGAAGUGUGUCCAGCAGGAGCAGGGAGGUCAUUCUUCCCCUGUACUCGGCACUGGUGAGGCCACACCUAGAGUACUGUGUCCAGUUCUGGGCCCUCAGUUUAGGAGGGACGCUGAGAUGCUUGAGCGUGUCCAAAGGAGAGCAACGAGGCUGGUGAGGGGCUUGGAACACAAGCCAUAUGAGGAACGACUAAGAGAGCUGGGUUUGUUUAGCCUGGAGAAGAGAAGACUCAGAGGUGACCUUAUCACUCUCUACAACUUCCUGAAGGGUGGCUGUGGUGAGCUGGGGGUCAGUCUCUUUCUCCGAGCAACAACAGAUAGAACAAGAGGACACAGUCUCAAGCUGCGCCAAGGGAGAUACAGGUUAGACCUAAGGAGGAAGUUUUUCACAGAAAGAGUGGUCAAACACUGGAAUCAUCUGCCCAGGGAGGUGGUAGAGUCACCAUCCCUGGAUGUGUUUAAAAGGAGACUAGAUGUGGCACUUAGUGCCAUGACCUAGUUGAGGUAUAAGAUAGGA